AUGAAUUAUGGAUUAACAUACGUUCAAGCUCGAACAUUAGCAUUUCAAUAUGCCACCCUUCUCAAAAAAUGCCCCGAAAUUUGGACUGAUAACAAACAAGCUGGGACGGAGUGGAUGAAAAGCUUCAUGAAGAGACACACCAACCUUUCUUUACGGAAGCCUGAAAACACGAGUUUAUCACGAUCAACAAGCUUCAACAAGCACAAUAUCGAAGAAUUCCAAACAAAUUACCAAAGAGCACUUGGUAAGUUUAAUUUUACCCCCGACGGAAUACUGAACUUAGAUGAAACAGGGUUGACUACAGUGGUCCAAGCACCAAACGUGAUUGCACAAAAAGGGCAAAAACAAGUUGGACAGUGUGUUUCUGCUGAAAGAGGCCAGUUGAUAACUAUGUGCGCUAUUGUCAAUGCAGUUGGUAAUACAAUUCCUCCUGUGUUUAUUUUCCCGCGAGCUAGAUAUCAUGAAAGUAUGCUUACUGGAGCCCCAGCUGGUAGCGUAGGUUAUGUUAACAGCCCCACAAGUGGUUGGAUGACGGGAGUUCUUUUCAUCAAGGUCCUUGAACACAUUCAAAAACAAACAAGAUGCACAAAAAACGAUAUGAUUUUACUUCUAAUGGAUAAUCACGAAAGUCAUUGUACAAUAGAAGCUAUAAACUUUUGCCGAGAACAUGGUAUCGUCCUUGUUACAUUCCCCCCUCACUGCACUCAUCGACUUCAGCCCCUCGAUGUCGCAAUUUUGGGACCAUUCAAGCAUAAGUUAUCCGUGGCGCAAAAUGACUGGCUCCUAAAUAAUCCUGCAAAAACUAUAAGGAUACAUGAUCUUCCGGGUAUUGCUAAUACCGCUUAUAUUGCUGCUUUUACACCCAAAAAUAUAGUUUCAGGGUUUGCGAAGCCAGGCAUUUACCCUUUUUCAAGAAAUGCAUUCACGGACGAAGAUUUUGAGUGCGCGGAGGUCACAAAUAGAAAACUAGAAGUUGCAGUUGAGCCAAAUAUAAAUACCGAAGCACGUGAAGCACCACAAGAUUUUGAUCCUAGUUCUGCUAAUAAUGAAUCAGAUGUUCAAUAUUCAAAUAAAAAUAAUCGCGAUAUUUCCAAAGAAAAUGUUGCUUCGCCUGAAAUCGCUAGGCCUUUCCCGAAAGCUGGUCCAAGACAAAAUACAAAGCGAGGAAGAAAGAAAGGAAAAUCACGCAUUUUGACAGAAACACCAGAUAAAAAUGAACUUGAGACUGCCUACAAGGAACGUCAGAAACGCUUAAAAAAAUCAGAAAUUCACUCUUUUAACAAGCGUUUAAAGCUAGAUAAAAGCACUAAACGGGCCAUCAAAGCUAAAAAGCCAAAGGAAUCGAGUUCGGACUCAGAUGAGAGUUGUUCCUAUUCGGUGAAUGAUGACACUGAUCUAGAUUUCAUUUUUGCUGAUGACUCAUCCAUUGAAGAAGUUGAUGCAGAGCACGAAGACGAAGCAUGUAUUGAUUUAAGUUACGACCAUUUAAAUCCAGGCGAUUAUAUUUUGGUGGAAUGUUCCAAUAAAAUAAAAACAAUAAUAAAAUGUUAA